CACUUUCACGUUUCAAGUAGAGUAAUCUCUCCCUAAACAAAUUCCCAUUGGCGGUCUUUUACAAGUUUGUUUGGAGUACACUUCUGCUGCAACGAAAAUGUAAAUUCGAAGGGAAUGUGACAGUUCGUAUGAUACGGUGACCUUUGAAGUAAUAGACGAUGGGUGACGACCAUCGAAAAUCCAAGACAGGGAAGAGGAGAUCAAGCUUUGUCCCUGCCCGGAUUUCCAUAAGGAAUCAUGAAUCCAGCACAGCCUCUGAACUAUGCAAACAGAUUCCAUUAGACCUCACACCAUCAGAUCGUUUAUGUCGCCUUGUCAGACUGACCUUGAAACGUACGCUGGAUCAUCUUCAGAGGGAGUUUGAAGACUUGCCCGGAAUUGAGACCUUCAAUGUAGAGGCUCUUGAACAAGUAGAUACUGCUUUAAGCAGAAUGGAGCAGGAAGGUGUCUUUGAAAGUGCUGUUGAGACUGGAAGAUGUCUGCCUAAUCCUAUAAACACCCAAAUGGACACAACUAUUGCAGAACUUGAAGGAAGUAUUAAAAGACUGCAGCAAGAGAGUACCAAGUGGGAUGCACUAACAACUGAACUGCAGCAAAAAGUCCAAGAAGCAAACCAUUUCGAACAACUGGAGGUGGCAACCAGCGAUUUGCCAUCUGAUGUUCAGGAAAUGGCACAGGAGUAUCUGCAAGAAUUGCCUGAUAUGAAUGCUAUGACAGCAGAUGUUUGCAACAUGAUAAAGACAACAUCACUUUUGAUUGAUGAUUACAGGCAUGAUGUGUCAAGGUUACAGCAGGCAAAUACAUUGGCCCACAAUCUGCGCACUUCUUUUGCCAACAAUCUGAAUGCAGAAACCAGCAGUGGAAUCUGCAAUCCCCAAGACCUUAUCUCAACACUGAUUUCUAUCAGCAAGUAAUAGCAGUGUGUAUAUUCAUGCAAGUGUAAACUACAUACACGCACGAGUGCAUGCAGGCGUGCGCACAUAUUUUGUACUGUUACAACCAUUAAAGCAUGUAAUCUCAUACCCAUUG